CAAUCGGCCGCUUCCUUUCAUUUGCGGACCGCUGUGGCGCGCGAAGGCGGGCCCGGCCCGGCCCGGUCCUGCCCGCGCGCCGCCGAGCGCCCCGCCCCGAUGGCGCAGGAUGUGGCUUGGCGGUGACGUCAGGGCCAGAUGUUUUCCCAGGCCACGCCCCCGCAGGGGUCCGGGCGACUCCGAGGAGCGAUAACGGGGAGAGCUUAUUCUACUGUCACCACGCAAUGGAAGGGCUGGGGAAACCGCAUCUCUGUUUUCUGGGGCUCUCGAAAAACCAGCAUUAAUUCAUACUCCAGGCAACAAGCUGCCACUGCCAGGAUUUAUUUGCUCUUGUUUCUCUUCCAGUGGACUUCCAACGCUCUUUUUUUUGUUGUUGUUUUUUUAAUUUGGGGACAAUCUGGGUGCGAUCGUCACGAACAGUGUGGUUUUGAUGGCUGCUAAAUCAGUCUUUACUUCUACAAAGAGAUCCAAGAAAUAAGAGAGGCAAGAAGCCUGCUCCCAUAAUCGUUUUUAAAAGGGAAAGAGCAGUGUUGGGGGGGUUGUUUUGUGGUUUGUUGGUUGGUUUUUUUUUUUCCCUCUUGUUUGGAUUUCUUUUUAAACUUACGAAAAAUGGCAACAGCAGCAUAUGUGGAUCAUUUUGCAGCAGAGUGCCUUGUUUCUAUGUCCAGUCGGGCUAUUAUCCACAGUCCCCAAGGGGAGCCUGAUCCCAAGCCUCAUGUGGGAAUACCUUCUUCAUCAAAUGGAGAGGAUAAGCGGGAAGUCAGAGAAACCGGGAAAGACAAUGGAUCAUCAUUACUUGUGGUAGCUAGCAUUUUGGCAGAUCUGAACCAGCAUGUCCCAAACUCACCCACUCUAAGGACGGAUAAAACAGAGACCUUUGAUAUAACAGAACAAAUACACAUUUCUAUUGCUCCUAAGGAGUUUGAGGAAGAAAGUGUGUCUUCGGCUGGUAAGCGUGGAGGAGGAAGAGCAGCCACACCUACUAGCCUGGCUGCAGUAACUGAGCCAAGCCCCAGACAAAAGAACAAACACACGAGAAGCUGGACUGACCCUGGAUCACCCCAGAAAAAGCACAAAUGCCACUAUGUGGGGUGUGAAAAAGUUUAUGGCAAAUCUUCCCAUCUUAAAGCUCAUCUAAGGACCCACACAGGUGAGCGGCCUUUUGAAUGCAACUGGCAAGGGUGCAACAAGAAGUUUGCUCGCUCGGACGAGCUGGCCCGCCACUACCGCACUCACACUGGAGAGAAGAAGUUCAGCUGCCCCCUCUGCGAGAAGCGCUUCAUGCGCAGCGACCACCUGACGAAGCACGCACGGCGCCACGCCAACUUCCAGCCCAGCAUGCUGAAGCGACGGGGUGGCAGCAGCUCCAGAACGGGCUCUGUCAGUGACUACAGCCGCUCCGACGCCUCCAGCCCCACCAUCAGCCCCGCCAGCUCCCCGUAGACCUACCUGCACUGGAUCUCAGCACUUUUUGCCUCUGAUACCCAACGUGGAGUUUCGUUUGUGUUGCACACGUCUGGAAAACUCUGUCGCUUCCCGUUUUUUCCACCUCCUCCUUUUUUUUUUUUUUUUUUUUUUUUAUUA